UCUCAGCAAGGGCUGUCCGCGGUUUUAGCUAUGUCUGGACGUGGCAAGCAGGGCGGCAAGGCUCGCGCCAAGGCCAAGACCCGGUCGUCGCGGGCCGGGCUGCAGUUCCCCGUGGGCCGCGUGCACCGCCUGCUCCGCAAGGGCAACUACGCCGAGCGGGUCGGGGCCGGCGCGCCCGUGUACCUGGCGGCGGUGCUGGAGUACCUGACGGCCGAGAUCCUGGAGCUGGCGGGCAACGCGGCCCGCGACAACAAGAAGACGCGCAUCAUCCCGCGCCACCUGCAGCUGGCCAUCCGCAACGACGAGGAGCUCAACAAGCUGCUGGGCAAAGUCACCAUCGCGCAGGGCGGUGUCCUCCCCAACAUCCAGGCCGUGCUGCUGCCCAAGAAGACCGAGAGCCACCACAAGGCCAAGGGCAAGUAGGAGUCUGAAUAAAUUUCCUACACUCAUCAAACCAAAGGCUCUUUUCAGAGCCACCGAA